AGAACAGCCCAUCUUCACCACCAGAGCCCAUGUCUUCCAAAUUGACCCCAGCACGAAGAAGAAUUGGGUUCCCGCAAGCAAGCAGGCUGUAACUGUUUCCUACUUCUAUGACAGCACGAGAAACAGCUAUCGGAUUAUCAGUGUGGAUGGAGCCAAGGUGAUCAUAAACAGCACAAUCACACCUAACAUGACCUUCACUAAAACAUCGCAGAAGUUCGGCCAGUGGGCGGACAGCAGAGCAAACACCGUGUUUGGUUUGGGCUUUCCCUCCGAGCAGCAGCUGACAAAGUUUGCAGAGAAAUUCCAAGAAGUGAAAGAAGCUGCCAAACUAGCAAGAGACAGGUCUCAAGAGAAAAUUGAAACCUCAAGCAAUCAUUCCCAGGAAUCUGGACGUGAAACACCAUCUUCCACUCGAGCAUCCAGUGUGAAUGGGACAGACGACGAGAAGGCAUCACACAGUGGUCCUGCUGAGGCACACCUCAAGUCUGAGAACGAUAAAUUAAAAAUUGCUCUAGCCCAAAGUUCAUCCAAUGUGAAGAAGUGGGAGACGGAGCUGCAGACGCUGCGGGAGAGCAACGCCAGGCUGAGCACAGCGCUGCAGGAGUCCGCGGCCAGCAUCGAGCACUGGAAGAAGCAGUUCUCAGCCUGCAAGGAGGAGAAUGACCAGCUCAGGAGCAAGAUUGAAGAACUGGAGGAACAGUGCGAUGAAAUAAAUAAAGAGAAGGAAAGAAAUGCACAGCUGAGUAGACGUCUCCAGGAACUGGAAACAGAGCUUCAGGACAAAGAGCUGGAACUGGAAGAGCUGCGAAAGCAGGGUGAAAUUAUACCACAGCUAAUGUCAGAAUGUGAAUCUGUGUCUGAACAACUACAGGCUGCUGAGAAAAAGAACAAAGAUCUUGAAGAGAAAGUCAGAACGCUAAGGACAGAAGUUGAAGAGAGCAAACAUAGGCAGACCAACCUUAAAACUGAAUUAAAGAAUUUUUUAGAUGUACUAGAUGGGAAGAUAGAUGAAUUACAUGAUUUCCGACAAGGACUGUCUAAACUUGGGGCUGACAACUAGAUGGCAAUAGUUUUUUUUUGUAAUCUAGGGUCUGGAUGUUUGAUGUUUUGUUGAUCCCAAACAUGUGUUUUACAAAAUAUAACUAGAAUGUUCCA